AUGACUCUACCAUCAUCUAGCCCGAUUCGUGUAUUACGUACUAUACAGCAAGUUAGACAAUGGAGACUUCUGUGUCUUUUGAAUAGAGAAUCAGUGGGGCUUGUACCAACUAUGGGAGCUUUACAUGCUGGACACUGCUCGUUAGUGUCACAAUCGCUCAAGGAAAAUGAUCGUACAGUAGUUUCGAUAUUCGUUAACCCAUCGCAGUUUGCUCCACAUGAAGAUCUUGAAGCCUAUCCUAGAACCCUUGAUACUGACAUGGAAACCUUAUCAAAUUUCAAGGGUAAACAAGUAGAUGCUAUAUUUGUCCCCAAAAUCUCGGAAAUGUAUCCAUCAGGAAUAACUUUGGACGUUAAUAAGCAAAAAGGUGCUUUCGUUUCUGUUUUGGGCUGUUCAGAACAAUUGGAGGGAGCACAAAGACCACAAUUCUUUCGUGGUGUGGCGACUAUAGUGACUAAGUUGUUGAAUGUUGUAACUCCAGAUCAGAUAUAUUUUGGUCAAAAGGACGCUCAGCAAUACGUCGUAAUUAAAAACUUGGUGAAGGACUUAUUGAUUAAUACCAAUGUGCGAGUUAUGCCGACUUCAAGAGAGUCGUAUGGUUUGGCGUUGUCUUCUCGAAAUGCAUAUUUAUCUGACCCGGCCAAGAAAAGAGCUGCUGUCAUAUAUGAGGCAUUACAUACUGGCGAAGAAUAUUACAAUAAGCAUUCACAAGGAAAUCAGGUCAAAUCAUCGGAGAUAAUAGAACGUAUCAUGCCAAUAUUCAAUGAGGCAGACUUCGAAUUUGAAAUGGAAUAUCUUGCCGUAAGUCAUCCAGAAUCUUUAGAAAAUUUAGAAUACGUUGAACCUGGAGUCGGCGCAAUUGUUUCUACUGCCAUUAGAGUUCCUAAAGAAAAUAGCGAUGAAAAGAUCCGAUUGCUUGAUAAUAUUUUACUUAAAUAA